AUGAGCAAUCAAAAUUUCCAAUAUAUGUACUAAAAUAGAACUGGAGUGCCACCAGUGGCAUAGAACUAAGCUAAUUCACAGUAGUUUAGCUAUCUCAAUUCUGCAGGUCAAACAUAGUAAAAGCAAGCAUAAAUCUCAGUUGCAAGCACAGCUAAUAACAAGCCAACAAAUGCCGAAAAUAAUGAAAAAGAUGAAGUUCAAGGAAUUCUUAGAGAUAGAACACACCUCAUUGAGCUACAUACUAAUGAUCCAGAUGAAGGUCCUAGAUUGAUAUCAGACUUCAAUCCCAAAGGCAUCCCUAUCAUCGUUUAUGUUGAUCCUCCCUCUUGCUGCUACUUUAAACUUAAUGUACCGCAUGGUAUUGAAUCAUUAGAAUAAAAAUGGGGUAGACAUGCUGGUACUAUGAUACCAGGCUAUUUCUGCUGCUACUGUUCUUAUAAGAGAAUAGCAGCUAUGAUUACCAGAAACGCUAUAUAAUUCAAUGCACCAAUUAUAAACUGUCCCACUAGAGAUAACGUUAGAGUAACUGUCGAUGUCAGUAUCGAAUUUCACAUUGGUAUGGAUGAAACAAGGGAAAAAGAUUGCGAAUAAUUCUUAUAUUAUCUUGGCGCCACCUAGUUAGAAGUACUUCUUAUAUCAGAGACAGAAGAGAACAUUAGGAACUUUGUGAGAAGCGUAAAAGUAGAAUCAGUCAGAGAAUUGAAGUCAGAGGUGGCUCAUUAAAUGGUUGAAGAACUUAACAUGAGGUUCAAUAAGUAUGGUGUAUAUGUUACUUCUUGCUCAAUCUUUAAUGUGAUUAUCCCUAAAGAUCUUAGAAUAGCACUUUAACAAGCUACUACCUAUGAUGUAUUCUUGUAAAACUAAGUCAAAAUCUAAGAGAAUUUGAGGAUAAAAUUAAUGAACGAGGAAAAUAAAACUUUACUGACAUUGAAGAGAGAAAAUCAGAAGAAAAUGCUAUAACUUAAUCAUGAUUUUCUUAUGUAGGAAAUAUAUUUGCAGAAGUUCAAAGUAGUCUGUGAGACUGAGUAGCAAUAGUAAAUCAUUAAGGCCAAACAGAAUUAAGAUUUAAAAAUUAUCUAAGCUCAGGCUCAGAAAGAACAUGCUGAAUAAAGAGGUAAAAAGUUGUCAGAGUAACUAGUGGCUGAGGCAAAGGCAUAUGCUGAAGCUAAAAUAAUUGAAGUUAAUUCUAGAAAAAUAAAUAUGAUCUAAUCAGCCUAAACUAGACUAUAAUAUGCAAAGUUAAGGUCUAAUGGACUUAUGCUAGAGGGUGAUGCUGAAGGAUCCUAGACACAGAACUUACAAAACAAAAGACAGCAUGAGGAAAGAAUGGCCUCUGUUAAUAAUUUCGUAUAACUAGUAAAGGAAAAUUCGAUUAUUAUUGGUGGCAAAACUGGCGAAGAAUUCCUAAACUACUUCAAAGAGACCUAAGAUUUAAUAAAUUAGAAUUGA